AACUCGUGUACCGUUUGCACGCAUUCCGUGUUCAUCGUAUUCGAAUUUUGAAAAAUGCCUCGUGUGAAACGCGAUAGUUAAUUUUCAAAGUAAUGCGGACAAUUAAACAAUGCGCAGUGUUAAUCUGUGUUAGUUAUUGAAUUUCAUCAGAGGUUAACUAGUCAUAUUGUUUAAGUUAACCUCUGGGAAUUCAUUAAGUAUUACCAAUGCGGGCGACCAAAAUGACAUCUCAACACUGUCGGAGCGUGACUCCGCCACUCUCGCGCGCGAGUUCAACAGAUUUGGUGCCACAAAUGUCCCCGGACUUGUCCCGGCAUCGUGGGAUGUCGCCGGACCUAUCUUUAGACUUCACACGCCACAGACCGAUGUCCCCGGAUUUGUUAGACCGCACACUGUCUCCCGAUCUUCCGAGACGCUCACGAUCUCCCGCCCGACCUAGAUCGCUAAUGGAGUCGCUGUUAGUGGCCAAAAUGGAAGCUUUAAGCACCGGAAGGUUGGUGCGGACGGAUUCGUUAGAUAGCUGCAGCAGUUUUGGUUCAAUGUCGUCGCUGCCCAGUGAUGUGUGCCGUUGUGAUGACUGCCUGCUGGGCAUUGUCGAUUUUUAUCUACCGAAUCCGAAUGAUUUUAAUAGGACUUUGAGAAAGCAAUCAGAGAGAUGGCGGAAGCUUCGCAACAUAGUGCAAUGGACUCCGUUCUUUCAAACGUACAAGAAGCAACGGUAUCCUUGGAUACAAUUAGCUGGUCAUCAGGGAAACUUCAAGGCGGGCCCUGACCAAGGCACGAUACUUAAGAAACUCAGCCCACAAGAAGAACGGUGCUUUAAGUUGCUGAUGAAAGACAUUCUUCGACCAUACGUACCUGAAUAUAAGGGCCAAGUCACCUGUGAUGAUGGAGAACUAUACUUACAACUGCAAGACUUGCUAAGUGACUUCGACUGCCCCUGUGUCAUGGACUGCAAAAUUGGCGUAAGGACAUACUUAGAAGAGGAGCUAGCCAAAGCAAAAGAAAAGACAAAAUUAAGAAAAGAUAUGUAUGAGAAGAUGAUCCAAAUAGAUCCAGCCGCGCCUACAGAUGAGGAACAUAGAAGCAAAGGUGUAACCAAACCGAGGUAUAUGAUAUGGAGGGAAACUAUCAGUUCAACAUCAACACUGGGAUUUAGAAUAGAUGGUGUGAAAAAAGCUGAUGGCACAAGUACCAAGGACUUCAAAACUACGAAGACGAGAGAACAGAUAUUGGAAGCGUUCAAGGACUUUACAGGCAGUUCUAGGAGUGCUGUGCCUAAAUACUUGGAGAGACUGAAGAACAUCCGAGCGACACUCCUGGAAUCACCCUUCUUCAGAACUCACGAGUUAAUCGGCAGUUCGCUUCUCUUUGUCCACGAUAAAAGAGGGGCCUCUAUUUGGAUGAUCGACUUCGCCAAAACGGUGCCCGUUCCAGAUGACAUCAGCAUUGAUCAUAAUUCCGCUUGGAAAGUCGGAAAUCACGAGGAUGGUUACCUCAUCGGCCUGAAUAACUUAAUUUCCAUCUUUGAAUCAUUGAUCAAAGACGACAACGGCUACAUUGAUGAACCCUACACAGACUUGAAUUUGGACAAAAGCGUGCGAAGAGACACUUUAGCAACUUGACCCCUUUGAAAUUACAAAUGUAAUUUGUCUUGAAUAUUUCUUUCUGGAAGUCCAGAUGUAUUGUAAUGACGACGAUGUUCUACAUUAGAGGUGUAAAUAUUUGUUACUUUAAGUUUGUCGAAAUACUCAUAAUGUAAGUUAUGCUUAUGAGAGGAUGGUGUAAAAAUUAUUGGCUACCUGUUUGCACUGUAAAUUAUAUUCAUACAGUAACAAUAAAUAAAACUACUAAAUAUCGGGUAAAAUUGUAUUUCUAUACUUCGACAGUGUACUUGUUCAGAUGAGUUUUUAAAUGUAAUGUAAAUAUGUGUGAAAAACUCAUAGAAAAUUCUUAAUGUAUUAUUUAUAUUUUUAGUAAGUACACUAUAUUAGUGUAACGACUAGAUAUUUUAUUAUUUACGAGUACAUAAGGCUAAUUAUACUGAGGUACUAAUUAAAACAUAUCACAUACGUA